GAUUUUUUAGAGUCCGAGCAGGAAAUUUGAUAAAUCAAUUGUGGAAGCCCCGCUCAACCCUUGAACACAAAUGGUAGUAUUUUUAUCAACAGACAACAUGUCGUUGGCUCGUUUAUUACCAGCUCCGUCUCACAGGCCUUAUCAGGAAGCUAGUGAUGAUGAUUUAGAACUAGCAUAUAGUAAAUUGACGACAGUUGCUGUGGUCAGAAAGCAACCACCACCUUAUGGAAAGAGAAAAAAUUGGGUACCCAGAUCUCAGGAAGAUUUUGGCGAUGGAGGUGCAUUUCCUGAAAUCCAUGUUGCCCAAUUUCCUUUGGAUAUGGGAAAGACUAGAAGCCAAAAUAAGGGUUCGUCAAAAACCUUGCCAGUAAAGUUGGAUUCUGAAGGGAGAGUAAAGUAUGAUGCUCUUGUACGGCAGGGACAUUCAAAGGAUAGAGUAAUUCAUUCAAGAUUUCAAGACCUUAUUCCAGCUCAGAUCAGCAAAGAAGAUGAUCCAGAUUUGCAAAGACCUGAUGAGGAUGAGAUAGCAGAGGUUACAGAAAAGACUCGAUUAGCUUUGGAAAAAGAAGUUGCAUCAAAAAUUGCUGCUGCCCAACCUACACAUGUUCCUCAGCAACAACAAGGAGCUCAGUAUAUACGCUAUACCCCUUCACAACAAGGACUUUCCUUUAACUCUGGUGCAAAACAACGUGUCAUUCGUAUGGUGGAAGCACAGAAGGAUCCAAUGGAACCACCACGUUUUAAGACCAACAAAAAAAUUCCCAGAGGACCACCAUCCCCACCUGCACCAGUAAUGCAUUCACCAAAUAGGAAGGUGACUGUGAAAGAACAGCAGGAUUGGAAGAUUCCACCUUGUAUUUCAAAUUGGAAAAAUGCCAAGGGCUACACUAUUCCGCUGGAUAAAAGAUUAGCAGCUGAUGGUCGUGGUCUUCAAGAUCCACACAUUAAUGAUAAAUUUGCUAAGCUUGCGGAAGCGUUAUACAUUGCGGACAGAAAGGCUAGAGAGGCUGUUGAAAUGCGGGCUCAACUGGAGAAGAAGGUUGCACAACGCGAGAAGGAGAAGCAAGAAGACAAACUACGAAAAAUGGCGCAGAAAGCUCGUGAGGCCAGGGCUGGUAUACAGGGUUCAUCAGAAAAAUCGCAAGACGAAAAGGAAAGAGAUCAAAUGCGCUAUGAUAGACAUAAAGAUAGAGAAAAAGAACGAAGAAUUGCUAAGGCUGCACCUGAUAAAAGAUCCAGACUUCAACGCGAUCGCGAGCGUGACGUCACAGAAAAAAUAGCUUUGGGGAUGGCGGGCGGAGGCUCGCAGUCUCAGGAAGCGAUGUAUGAUCAGCGGUUGUUUAACCAGAAUAAGGGUAUAGCAUCAGGAUUUGGUGAAGAUGAUGCAUACAAUGUUUAUGAUAAACCAUGGCGUGAUUCUGGUAGUACAGCAAAUGCUGUUUAUAGACCAUCAAAGAAUAACGAUAAAGAUAUAUAUGGUGAUGAUCUUGAGAAACUAAUGAAUACUGACAGGUUUCACCCAGAUAAAGAAUUCGCUGGUACUGACCGCAACUUGCGAAGGGAUGGUCCAGUUCAGUUUGAACGUGAUGAAGAAGAUCCGUUUGGAUUGGAUAAGUUCCUUACAGAAGCAAAACGUGCUGGUAAAAGAAACAACAAAGAUCCUCGAGGAAGCUGGGAUUCAGAUCGUAAACGAAGUAAGCGUUGAAGGGAUUUGAGUGAAUUGAAUCAGUAAAACAGAUUGCCUGUUUGUUUUCUACUGAUUAAAUUGUACUAAAUAAGAGAGCUCAACUUCAGGCAAAGAAUAAAGAUCAUGUAACUUGUCAUCUGUGUUUAGUUCUCUGUAUUACAUACUACAUGUCAAGUACUUGGUAUGUACCAUUGUAAGAAUUAUGUACUUUAUAUGCUAAACUACAUGGUAGAUUUGGUUCACAUGUACAUAACAGUAUACUUUGAAUGUAAAAACAUCAGGCAAAUCUAGAGUUAUUAUUAAAAUCAUUUGCUGAAUUUCAGUGUUGGCAAUUGCACUA